ACUCAUAUCAAAAACAAAGUAUAAAACCAGCUGGUUUGUCCGGCUAUUCAUCUAAUCAACCUCCAUUUCAUUUAAACUUCAGCUUAUCAAAACUUCUAUACACAUCUACUUAUUCUCAUUCUUAUCGGCAAUGCCUGACAUAAUAGUCAAAGACCUUCUCCUGAAACACCCUCCACCUGCUUCAUAUGUUCAUCCUAUACCUAAAGCUACUUUAAGUAGAAAAGCCUGGACUGAUCAAUUUCACUUAAUCCCUAAUCCGACAAUCCAUAAGUCAACUGUGGAUAGCGUCAAUCAAUUCUUAGCCUCAGAUCAAUACAGUCCAAACAGCAAUAGUAUAUACACUGCUGAUCCCAGUGAUCAUGAUCGCUUUGACAGAAUGGUCCAUAAGCUGAACUAUCUCGAUCUCGAACGUAUUGAAAUAGAAGGGGAUGUUACCCGGGAAUUUCUAUGCAAAUAUUGGUCUUCCUGUUUCUCUUGCUUAGCAGAAGAAUUCAAACUUUCUACAAAGAUCACUAUCAGGUCCUCCAGGUCCAACAACUACAAAUAAAACGAUAGAUCACCUAUAUUCAUGGAUAGUGGAAGGGAAUGGUCUAAAGGAAAGAUGUCAGAUAAUAGGAGAGUUGAAACAGCCUGGUGUUAUUUUGGUUAAUGAAUGAGAGGGGAGAAGUGCACAGUUUGAUAUAACGAAGCGAUUGGGAAGGGAGCUGAGAGCGUAAGUCAGUUUCUUUUGAAGAAAAAUAAACUACUAAUGGGAAUGAGGUAUGCAUACGAGUACAAGUGCCCACAGGUUUUUGCGUAUGAUGGAAUCCACCUUUUGAUUAUUCAAUUCAAAGCUAAAGGCAACGAAGAUAUCAAAUCAUUGGAUUGUCGCGUUGAUUACUGUAUCUUGACGCGGACACCUGUAGGUCCACAAUGUACUGCUAGAUUUGCACUUUAUCGGCUAGCAUGGCGAGGCUGGAUGAGGAUGAUAGGCACAUGGUCAGCUAAUUUUCAUGUUUUGAUUGUCUGACGGCGUCGGGAAUUCCGAUAUUGGUCAGGACGGCCAGGUUGGGUAAACGAACAAGAUCCGCGCAGGAAAGAAUCAGAACAUCCGGAUGGUUGCAUGCGAAGGCUUGAUCCAGCAAGAAAAGCAUGGUAUUGGGUAGAUGCGCAGGGAAAUCCCGUACUUGAUGUGUACGGUGAUACUAUUUGGGACUCUGUUCGAUCAUGGCGGUCUUAUCAGAAAUCAUCGGCCGAAGAUUGUUUGAUGUCAAGAUAAAAUAUGAAGAAGAUGAAGAAUAUGAGAGGAAGUUCGAAGAAGCUUAUAAGGCAUUAACUUUUAUGGGGUAGUUCAUGGGGAUACCAAGUUGGAUAAUGCUAUUGAUGCUGGAGAUCGUGUAAUACUUAUCGAUUUAGAACAAGCCGAAAUCGACGAGACGGAAUGGGAGAACAGUACUAAUAGAGGAAAUGCAACGGCCUUACUACGUGACCUUCGAUUGAUUCGUCAGUACGAAGAAGAGGCAAAAAAGAAGGAAGGCAGAAAGAAGAAGGUAUGAUAGGAAAACCCUGAUUUAUCACUCAUCUAAUAUAUAUUAGACUUGGGAUCUAAUGUAUUCAAGCCAAUGAGGGGAGGAAUAAAAUUGUUUUGCAUUGAGAUAGGAGGGUUUGGAUGCUUUCUUUGUUGGCUGAGGAGAAUAAGGCAGGCAAGUCUGGGUAGCUGAGCACCAAGUUGGAGUAAAGAUUGAAAUGAAUGAAAUAGAAUAAACAA